AUGUCGAGUGCAACGCCAACACACCAAAGGGUGAUUGGCUGAAUUGUGCAGGAUCGAUGGCACCUCAUUUAGGCAACAACGGACAGUUGUCGCGCGACGAGCGGGUGCAGCUCUAUGGCAUCGAUUGCGAUGAUCAGGUGAUGUGGCAUGAAUGGACACCUGGCGUGGAAAGUGUCCAGGACCUCGUUCUGCAGAAUGUGGCUCUGGUGACGCAGAAGGUGAAGUUCAAGCUGCCGCCGACCAAAGAGUUUGAUAUGCCCUACCCAGAGCCCUUCAAGCUUGCGCCUGGAAUGAAAAAGGUCAUUCCAAUCAGCUUUCGGCCUUCCAAGUACGUUCCGCACGUGGAUAGAGUGCAGAUAGUCACCAAGGGAGGCAGCUUCUUUGUUAUCGUCAAGGCAGUGGUGAAGGACGUGGCUCUGUCCCUCCCACAUUUUUUGGAUUUUGGACUUUGUCCCACCAUGGAGCGUUCACAGCAGCAGAUCGAUGUCUACAACACUGGCACAUUGAAGGCAUCCAUGAAGUGGCAUGCCAGGCCUCCAUUUACAGUUCGAUGUCCGGCCCAAACAGUUGAAGUGGGCCAAUCAGUGCGAUGUGUUGUCGAAUUCGAGCCAAAGACUGCUUCCGUUUUUGAUGGCCUCAUUGCAUGCGAGGUAGCCAGUGCAGCUGCAAACGCCAUUGUUGAUGACGAUGGCGACGACAGCAGUGCAAGGGCUCCGGAGGUGAAGCCAUAUGCAUUGCAGUGCACUGGUGUUGGCAAGCUGCCUCAUUUAUGCGUCCCUGGUGGUCAAAUGCCACUUGUAGAGUUUGGAGCCGUCUCCCCUGGCAAGCGUGUGCCGCAGACCUUGGAGCUGCUCAACACCACUCCGGUCCGAGCUGUCUUCCGAGUGCGUGCCGUGCACGACAGCUCAGAGACGGCACCUUUGCCUCCAGCAGCCUUCUGGGUCAGCCCAGAAUCUGGAGUGGUGGAGCCAAACUGCAGCUUUACAAUGACCUUCUACUUCCAGUCUCACACCGUCAAAGAGCAUGCAUGUCAACGCUUCCAGAUAAGCACACCUGGUGGUACACCACUGGUUGUCACAUGCAAAGCAUUUUGCCAACCGAUUGGUGUAGUGAUGUCCGCGAGGUCAAUGAACUUUGGCGAAGUCCCAAGUGGGCGAGUCUUCUCCCGAACGCUGCAGCUUGAAAAUCACAGCGACCGACCAGCACCAUAUCAUUUUGUCAACAUGGACAACCAGAAAGGUGUGUUCUGGCUGGACCGGCCCAUGGGCAUCAUUCCUCCGGAUUCUUUCAUGGUGGUGACAGUCCUCUUUGGACCGAUGUCUCCAAUCAACUACCACAAAAAGGUUUCUUGUGUCAUCAAGGGUGCUUCAGCACCAUUGACCCUGGAUUUGCUGGGGUCUGCACAUAAUGAUAAGGUGCGGCCAGCCAGGUUGGAGCAGCAUCACAUCGACAUCUUCCGGAACAUGCAGCUCUCAGGGGUGCGGGAGCACCAGAUCGUGGAAAGCACUCCAGAGGGAACCUCCCUGGACGAUGAGCUUCCACAAGAAGAGCUGGACCCACAAGUUCCAGAGGUGCCGGUGAAACAGCUCUCGGCCACAGCUUCCUUUCUGGAACUGAUGUUACCAACAGACUCGAAGCUGAGGGAUAUCACCAUCAGCCCGGGAAAUAUGGAUUUUGGUCAAAAUUCCGUACUGUCCACCUCUGAGAAGCAGACGGUGACCAUCACCAAUCGCACUUCUCAAAAGGUGACGGUGAUCUGGAUGAUGGCAGGGGAGACGCGGAUUCCCUGCGUCCCCGAUGAGAAGUCCCUCUUCUCGGCUCGAAGCUCAUCCGACUCAACUGACUCAACCGGAGAAUUGCUGGAAGUGGUUGUGGCGCAAAAGAUCAACAGAACCUUUAGACUGGUGGAUUUGCAGAGGUUCACGCCGCCAUGGACAAUCACGUUGAGAGGGAUGGGUCACACCAUGGCUGCAAGAACAGACACGCAAGUGGACAUUUCAGAGACCAAUGUGAGAUUCAGAUCAUGUCCUCCGGGUGAAAGAACGUAUCAGGUGGUGAUGAUGACCAAUCCUGGUGACAUGCCCUUGAGCUACCAGAUCCUUCCGGCCGUGGAUGCCGCCAAAGUUGAAGAUGGGGGAAGCUUGGACUUGGGCGAUGAGGCACCCUUCCGUGCUUGGCCCACACAGGGCAUUAUUCUCCCGCACCAGUUCCACCUCAUCGUUUUGGAGUUUGCGCCAACAGUGGCCAGAAAUGAUGUGCCCUACGUGGCCAACUUCCAAGUGGUGGCUGACUAUUUUGACAGCCAACCGAAGAUGAUCCGUGUUUCUGGCCGCGUUCCAGACUUAGCCUUCAAAGGGAGACGCCAUUCUGAAGAAAG